AUGGCGGUGAGCAAGGAACAAGAUGGGCGACCAGGGAAGCCGCCAGGAAAGGAAUCUCAACGUUUGAUUAUAGCCAAAACUCCCGUAGAGGAGCAGCGCCUGAAGUUGGAGAGAUUGAUGAGAAACCCUGUAAGUGGCUGGGGUGGUUCUGGCCUUUGAGGAUAUCUUCAAAUGGGCACAUGUUUAUCUCCACAGCUAGCAAACGAUGUUAGUUAGCACCAACAGCAGUGAAUCUGUGCUUACUUUUAUGGUAGGUAACUAGAACAGCGAGUGACUAUAGCUACUAACGUUAGCUAGUUAAUUUAUCGUAAAAAAUCAACGAAUACUUACGUAUGUUUGCAGGAUAAACCUGCUCCUAUCCCAGACCGACCGAAAGAAUGGAACCCCCGGGCUCCUCCGGAGUUUGUGCGGGAUGUGAUGGGUAAGCCUGCAAUCUGGCGGAUGAAUUUGUGAAUUCUCAGGUAGCGGCAUGUGCGGUUCCCUUUUAUUGAAGCCCAAGAGUAGAGCGAUCCCUUGCAAGAGAGAGCCAUAUUGACGGGCAUUUUUUGAAAUCACUUUAGCCCAGGCAAUAUGUUUUAAACCCACUGAUGAGAUAUGUAAUUAAUCUCCUCCAGGCUCCAGUGCAGGAGCUGGCAGUGGAGAGUUCCAUGUGUACAGACACCUUCGCAGGCGAGAGUAUCAGAGACAGGACUUCCUGGACAAGAUGACUGAGAAGGUGGGCAUCUUGUUUUUUUUAAGGGGGUGCCCCACGGAUAGCCGACUACAUCAUUUCUCAUCUGAACCAAUUUCUUUCAAGCGUGGGGUUAACCAAUAAGAAACACAUAACAUUUUUACUUGCAGCAAAAGAUGGAUUUGGUCUAUCUUGACAAGGUCUCAGAUAACCAACAGGCAGCUGAUGAAAGAACAGCCAAACGCAGGAAGAAAAGGUUGGUGCAUUAAUCAAGGACAUACUAAAAAUAAAAUGUAUUGAGCCUAUGGCUUUUAUUCUUUGAGUCUCUGCUGUAAACUUUAUACUUGCUGAUGGUUUAUGUUACACAUAUGUAUGUGAUAUGUAUGUGUAUUUCAGGGAAAAGCUGAAGCAGAAGAAGCUUAUGGCAAAAAAAGCCAAGCAGGAUGCCAACAAAGGUGAAGGUAAAUGAAAAAACGACAUUUAAGUGAUGGAUUUUAUUGAAACGUCCCCUUCAGAUGUUUGAAGUGUGACAGAACAAGUCCACUACUUGUUUUGCUAUUGCCACACUUACAAAAAAAGAUAGCAGUUUUGAAACUACAGUAAAAGUGCAGUAACUGCAGUCGACUGUGGUAUUUUGGACGCAGUAAUUGCAGAGUUACUGCAGUUAUACUGCAAAAUUACUGCAGUAAAAAAACUUAUUUUGGAUGCAGUAUUUGCAGCAUACUGCACUCUAACUGGCAUGGAACUUAAGCCUAUGAGUGUUUUAACGAUGCAUUGUUUUCGUAACGGCCAAAGAUGUAACAUGCGUUUCCCAAAACACAUUGACAUUUUAGUCAUUUAGCAGACGCUCUUAUCCAGAGUGAAUUACAGGAGCAAUUAGGGUUAAGUGCCUUGCUCAAGGGCACAUCGACAGAUUUGUCACCUAGUCGGCGCGGGGAUUAGAACCAGAGACCAUUCCCUUUUUUGCAUAUUCGAAUCUGAUAUUUUUUCCUGUAGUUUGUACAGCCAAAGAGCACAUGGAAUCAGAUAUUUCCAUCCACAUUUCAAACCACUUUCAUAGGUGGUUUAAAAUCAGAUAUUAAUCUGAUUCCUGGCCAUGGAUCUUUUCUGAACAGUUAAAUCUGAUUUAUUUGCCCUCAAGUGUUUAAGAGUUAUUUGGCAUAUCCUGGCCCUUGCUAGUUAGAACAUGCUAACUAGCUUGUUAAUUGUUUACAAACAAAUGCGUGAAUGUGCUAGCAAGCUAAACAGCUACUGUGGGGGAAAAAAGUAUUUAGUCAGCCACCAAUUGUGCAAGUUCUCCCACUUAAAAAGAUGAGAGGCCUGUAAUUUUCAUCAUAGGUACACGUCAACUAUGACAGACAAAAUGAGAAUUUUCUUUCCAGAAAAUCACAUUGUAGGAUUUUUAAUGAAUUUAUUUGCAAAUUAUGGUGGAAAAUAAGUAUUUGGUCCUUGCUGAUGGAAGGAGGUUUUCACUCAAAAUCUCACGAUACAUGGCCCCAUUCAUUCUUUCCUUUACACGGAUCAGUCGUCCUGGUCCCUUUGCAGAAAAACAGCCCCAAAGCAUGAUGUUUCCACCCCCAUGUUUCACAGUAGGUAUGGUGUUCUUUGGAUGCAACUCAGCAUUCUUUGUCCUCCAAACACGACGAGUUGAUUUUUACCAAAAAGUUAUAUUUUGGUUUCAUCUGACCAUAUGACAUUCUCCGAAUCCUCUUCUGGAUCAUCCAAAUGAGCUCUAGCAAACUUCAGACGGGCCUGGACAUGUACUGGCUUAAGCAGGGGGACACGUCUGACACUGCAGGAUUUGAGUCCCUGGCGGCGUAGUGUGUUACUGAUGGAGGCUUUGUUACUUUGGUCCCAGCUCUCUGCAGGUCAUUCACUAGGUCCCCCCGUGUGGUUCUGGGAUUUUUGCUCACCGUUCUUGUGAUCAUUUUGACCCCACGGGGUAAGAUCUUGCGUGGAGCUCCAGAUCAAGGGAGAUUCUUGAUGCACACGGGAAACUGUUGAGCAUGAAAAACCCAGCAGCUUUGCAGUUCUUGACACACUCAAACUGGUGCGCCUGGCACCUACCAUACCCCAUUCACAGGCACUUAAAUACACUGCUCAAAAAAAUAAAGGGAACACUUAAACAACACAAUGUAACUCCAAGUCAAUCACACUUCUGUGAAAUCAAACUGUCCACUUAGGAAGCAACACUGAUUGACAAUACAUUUCACAUGCUGUUGUGCAAAUGGAAUAGACAACAGGUGGAAAUUAUAGGCAAUUAGCAAGACAUCCCCAAUAAAGGACUGGUUUUGCAGGUGGUGACCACAGACCACUUCUCAGUUCCUAUGCUUCCUGGCUGAUGUUUUGGUCACUUUUGAAAGCUGGCGGUGCUUUCACUCUAGUGGUAGCAUGAGACGGAGUCUACAACCCACACAAGUGGCUCAGGUAGUGCAGCUCAUCCAGGAUGGCACAUCAAUGCGAGCUGUGGCAAGAAGGUUUGCUGUGUCUGUCAGCGUAGUGUCCAGAGCAUGGAGGCACUACCAGGAGACAGGCCAGUACAUCAGGAGACGUGGAGGAGGCCGUAGGAGGGCAACAACCCAGCAGCAGGACCGCUACCUCCGCCUUUGUGCAAGGAGGAGCAGGAGGAGCACUGCCAGAGCCCUGCAAAAUGACCUCCAGCAGGCCACAAAUGUGCAUGUGUCUGCUCAAACGGUCAGAAACAGACUCCAUGAGGGUGGUAUGAGGGCCCGACGUCCACAGGUGGGGGUUGUGCUUACAGCCCAACACCGUGCAGGACGUUUGGCAUUUGCCAGAGAACACCAAGAUUGGCAAAUUUGCCACUGGCGCCCUGUGCUCUUCACAGAUGAAAGCAGGUUCACACUGAGCACAUGUGACAGAGUCUGGAGACGCCGUGGAGAACGUUCUGCUGCCUGCAACAUCCUCCAGCAUCACCGGUUUGGCAGUGGGUCAGUCAUGGUGUGGGGUGGCAUUUCUUUGGGGGGCCGCACAGCCCUCCAUGUGCUCGCCAGAGGUAGCCUGACUGCCAUUAGGUACCGAGAUGAGAUCCUCAGACCCCUUGUGAGACCAUAUGCUGUUGCGGUUGGCCCUGGGUUCCUCCUAAUGCAAGACAAUGCUAGACCUCAUGUGGCUGGAGUGUGUCAGCAGUUCCUGCAAGAGGAAGGCAUUGAUGCUAUGGACUGGCCCGCCCGUUCCCCAGACCUGAAUCCAAUUGGUGUUUGGACAGUCAGUAUUCCUCAGUAAUUUUCCAUCCAAGUUGUCAGACCCUGGUGGCUUGUCAUUGUUGAUAGACAACAAUAAUGUCUUCACUUCCACACUCACUUUACAGAAUUCAAAAUUACAAUGCUUGUCUUUCAUAAUUUGGUCAGAUAUACUUGGAUGUGUAGUGUCAGCGUUUGUUGCUUGCAUGUCAUGCCUAAAUUUGCUAAUCUUGCCAAGUAGUUGGCAAAAUGUGAGGAAUGAGCAAUGUAAUUCAAUGAAUGAUGGCGCUGUGUUUGCCUUUUUGCCCAAAAUGUCAUUUAAGGUGCUUCAAAGCUAUUUACUAUAAUUUUUUUGUCAUUUGUCUUUGUUUCAUAGUAUAGUUUCUUCUUAUUUUUAUUGAGUUUAGUCACAUGAUUUCUCAAUUUGCAGUACGUUUGCCAAUCGGUUGUGCAGCCAGACUUAUUUGCCAUUCCUUUUGCCUAAUUUACAUUUUAGUCAUUUAGCAGACGCUCUUAUCCAGAGCGAUUUACAGUUAGUGAGUGCAUACAUUUUUCACACUGGCCCCCCGUGGGAAUCGAACCGACAACCCUUGGGUUGCAAGCGCCAUGCUCUACCAACUGAGCUACAGGAGGCCUCAUCCUGCUCAACCUUCAGCUAUCCAUGGGGAUUUAACUGUUUUUAGUCUUUUUCUUAAUGGUUGCAUGCUUAUUAGUAACUGGGAUAAGCAAUUUCAUAAAUGUUUCAAGUGCACUGUCUGGUUGCUCCUCAUUAUACACCACAGGCCAACAUAUAUUCUUUACAUCAACAACAUAGGAAUCACUACAAAACGUAUUAUAUGACCUCUUAUACACUAUAUUAGGCCCAGCCUUUGGAACUUUGGUUUUCCAAGAUAUGGCAACUAUAUUGUGAUCACUACAUCCAAUGGAUUUGGAUACUGCUUUAAAGCACAUUUCUGUAGCAUUAGUAAAGAUGUGAACAAUACAUGUUGAUGAUUUAAUUCCUGUGCUGUUUGUAACUACCCUGGUAGGUUGUCUGAUAACCUGAACCAGGUUGCAGGCACUAGUUACAGUUUGAAGCAUUCUCUUGAGUGGGCAGCCUGAUGAAAGCCAGUCAAUAUUUUAAUCACCCAGAAAAUAUACCUCUCUGUUGAUAUCACAUACAUUAUCAAGCAUUUCACAUAUGUUAUCCAGAUACUGACUGUUAGCACUUGGUCUAUAGCAGCUUCCCACCAGAAUGGGCUUUAGGUGAGGCAGAUGAACCUGUAGCCAUAUUACUUCAACAGUGUUUAACAUGACAUCCUCGCUAAGCUUUACAGGAAUGUGGUUCUGUAUAUAAACGGUAACACCUCCACCUUUGGCUUUUCUGUAGAUAUAUAACCAUGUAUUGCUACCACUGUAUCAUCAUAGGUAUUAUCUAAGUGAGUUUCAGAGAUUGUCAGAAUAUGAAUGUCAUCUGUUACUAACAAAUCAUGUAUUUAUUUCAUGAACCUUGUUUUUUAAGCUACAUAUGUUAACGUUGGCUAUUUUUAGCACUUUUCUGGGAUGCUUGAUUGUUUUCAUUGCUUUACUGGGAAGCUUAGCAGAAGUAGACAUGCUCAUGUUAUUUAUGUUCAGGGUGAGCUGCACACAGUGGACUUCCUACUAGGGCACACUACCUCAGUGCUAACAGUAUAACUCUGGUUCAUAGGCACAUGACUACUGCAUACAAUAGCUGUGGGAUCAGCAGAAGCUUUCAGGGCAGUAAGAGGGACAUAAAUUAGGUUACUUACAUUGUGCCUUCCAACGUCCCUGGGAUAAUGUACAUUUGCUGAAGCGUUAUGACAACUCAGCAACACUAUGGUAGAGAUUAACUUAGCUGGGCUUGGGUCAUUGAUAAGUCAUUGUCUCAACUUAGCCUUAUAAUGCUGUGAAAGGAACCAGGAACCCAAAUGAUUUGGGUGGAUCCCAUCCUCUUUAUAAAAUGAGCUUUGUUUCCAGAAGGUAUCAAAAUUGUUAAUAAAUGUUACACCCACAGAGCUGCAAUAGUCUUGUAGCCAAUUAUGGAGGGCUAAAAGUCUGCUGAAACGUUCAAUGCCACGAUUUAGGGAGGGCGGAGGGCCAGAUAUUAUGGGUUGUUUGUUCGUGUCAAGCAGUGACCAAAUCAGUUCUUUAAACCCAUCUUCAGCUGUUCUGAACUGCCCUUCAUAAUGUCAUUGAAUCCCACAUGAACUAUGAUAGACGCAAUUUCCUGAUGCUGGUUUAAAGUGUUUGGGAUCAGCUUAUUGAUGGCCUGUACUCUUGCUCCUGGAUAGCACAAAGUUUUUGCUCCAGGGACUGAGACAUUUCUCACCAUUGAACUGCCCAAUACAACGGCCGGAGAAGGGAAUGGAGAAAUCUGCCCAUUCCUAGCCUUUACACAAUUCGUUGAACAAUUCGUUUGAAAAAGUGUACAUGUAAUGUUGGUGAUUUACUGCCACCUGCAGAACUCCUGAACCAACUCUCGUGUCAUUCAUGUAUUGUGUCCACUAGAUGGCGGUGAUAUAGCUUGAACCAUAGGCAACCCAAUUUUAAGAAUACUCUGAUUAGGGCUGUGCUGUGACGGUAAUGGAAUAUACAAGGUGUUGUGUAGGAACUAGAAUAUUCCAGUUAUAUUUCUGCUGUGCGCAGCCUUGACAGAUCCCAUGUGAUGAUACAGGGAUAAGCCUAUUGUUUGCUGUGUUAUAGGCUAUAGCCCUAUUUAGACUGAACUAGUAUUACUAGAGACGUUCGUAAUAUUAGUUUGUUUCAAUGUUUAUUCGCCACAUGCACAGGAUACAACAGGUGUAAAACAGUACAGUGAAAUUCUUACCUCGAGAGCUCUUUCCCAACAAUGUAGUGAUAAUUAUAAUAUAGGGUAAUAGAAAAUAUAAUGAAAAGUAAGAAUAAAAACCACACAAACUACGAUGAGUUAAAGAAACACGAGAAUGCAAAUGUAAACAGGUCAAUACCAGUACCUUAUUCAAUGUAUAGGUGUACUGGAGAAGGGUUUAGGUUGGUUUAUACAUAAAAAGUGACUGGUAGUAGGAAUAUAUAAAUACUACCUGAUGAAGCUGAUUGAGAGAAUGCCAAGAGUGUGCAAAGUCUGUGGGAGAGAGAAAGCACUAAUUGUUAGCCAUGUAAGGCCAGGGGAUAGAAGCUGUUUAGGAGAGUGUUUUUCUGAGCCUUGAUGCACCGGUACCGCCUGCCGGAUCGGAGCAUGGAGAACAGUCCAUGUCUUGGGUGGCUGGAGUGUUUCGCAAAUUGGAGUGGGUCUGGGAUGAUGGCGGUGAUGUGUGCCAUGACCAGCCUCUCAAAGCACUCCAUGAUUACGAUGUUAGUGCUACAGGGCGGUAGUCAUUGUGACGGGUAGCCUUGGAGUUCUUGGGAACAGGAAUGAUGGCCAGGUUGAAACAAGUAGCGAUUAAGGAAGUCAGUGUUUGGUCUAUAGAAACAGUCCUUUAGCUUUCUAAAUCUGGGUUUGCUUUUGAACACAAUUGCUGCGCUCCUCUGGAGAGGAGACUUGACUUCUAUACAGCAGUCUGAAAGGCACAGUCACAUAGACACUCAAUAAGAAAGGACUAAAACAGAAACACAAAAACACAAUAUUAUAACAGUGUAUCAGGGGCGGCAGGUAGCAUAGCUGUUAAGUGUUGGGCCAGUAACUGAAAGGUUCGAAUACCCAAGCCGGCAAGGUGUAAAUAAUGUUGUUCUGCCCUUGAGCAAGGCAGUUAACUCCCAACAACAACUCUUCUCGGGUGCCUUUCAGACUGCAGUAUAGAAGUCAAGUCUCCUCUCCAGAGGAGCGCAGCAAUUGUGUUCAAAAGCAAACCCAGAUUUUAAGGCAGCCCCUCACACCUCUCUGACUCAGAGGGGUUGGGUUAAAUGCGGAAGACACAUUUCGGUUGAAUGCAUUGUUGUGCAACUGACUAGGUAUCCCCUUUCCCAGGUUGAUUACAGACUGGGACAAGGAGAGAUUGAAAAUGACUGUGAAGAUGCCUGCCAGCUGGUCUGCACAUGCUCUGAGAACACGCCCUGGGAUACCGUCUGACUCUGUGGCCUUGCGAAUGUUGACCAAAUUAAAAACCUUACUCAAGUCUGCCUUGGAGAGCGAGAUCACCCAGUCCUCUGGGACGGCGGGGGCCCUCGUGCACAGCUCGAUGUUGUUUUUGUCGAAGCGUGCAUAAAAUGCAUUGAGUUCGUCUGGUAGAGCGGCAUCGUUGGCUAGAUCACAGCUAGGUCUACCUUUUGUAAUCUGUAAUGGACUGUAGCCCCUGCCACAUGCGUCGGAGCCAGUGCAAUAGGAUUCCAUCUUGUUCCUAUAUUAUCCUUUUCCCUGUUUGAUGGCUCUGCGGAGGUCAUAGCGGGACUUCUUGGACGCGUUCCUGUCCUCAGCUGUAGCCUUGGGGUUGGCUGUGAUAGCCCUGUGUGUGGUAGCUCUGUCCUUUAGUUUAGCGCGUACCUCAGUGUUAAUCCAGGGCUUUUGAUUGGGGAAGCAGCGACCCUUCACUGUGGGGACAACGUCGGCGAUGCAUUUCUGAGGUGGUUACCUCGUCGAAUCUAUCGGCGGAGUCCCAAAACAUAUUCCAGUCAGCGCUAGCAAAGCAGUCUUGCAACAGCCUCCGAUUCGGCGUACUAUUUCUCAACGGAGCGCAUCACGGGUUCUUCCUGUUUGAGCUUCUGUUUGUAAACAGGAAAGAAGAGUAUAGAGACAUGAUCUGAUUUGCCUGGUGACCGACCUGACUAUGCCUGGCAGUGCCCCUCCCCUCUCUCUCCCUCGCUAGCUCGCUCUUUCUUUGAUGUGAAAGAUGCAAGAGUUUCUGUUGUCUGAAGUAGCCUACGGCAACUAUUCUGUCUCCUCCGUUGCAAAAAUACUGACUCUAAGGACUCGAUUCCUAGUGAAAUCGAAGCUUGACACCCAGAAAUUGGAUUCGAUACCAGGAGUCAAAGGGCAAGUAGUCGAGGAAUCAGGUAGUGGUGAACGACAUUAACUGGGCGAUUGAUUAUGAAUGCAUAUGGAGCCGUCUGACAAUAUCUACUAACCUAAAUAUUCAAGGCUAAUCAGUAGCCUACGUCAGCCUAGUUGCUUAGGCAAAUUGUAUUAUUAUUAUUUAUUUUGGGGUCUACUCUCCACGACUACAUGUUGCAUACAUACUUGACGUUCGCUAGCCUAGCAUGGAUCUCAACAUCGGUUUUUAUAACGUCAUUGAUGAUUGACUUUAGCUUAUAAAUGUCCACACUCACCAAGAAUGAUAUUUGAUAGCUAAUUUCAGCAUAGUGGUGAUUUAAGGGUGUAUGUUAGCAUAUUCUACCAUAUUUACAAACCAGCACUGUAGUACAGAUAAUGUUACAGCAUCAAAGGGAGCGCAUUUUGAAGGAGAGUGUGUGCGUUGGGAGGAGAUGGAGACAGUUUGAUAUAAAUGGAUUCAGGUAGCAAAACAAUUGUUAACAAUUAUAAAUUUACACUACUGCUAUUGGGAAAGUAUAUCUACUACUUGAAUGAAGUUGAUAAUACAUUCAUUUUAGAAAAUAUAUUUUGAAGACGGUUAUGGCGUUUUUUUUUUUUCAUUAACAUCGGUUACACGAUUAUGCAAUUAGCGUGCCAGCCCUAGCACUGAUCAUUGCCUGAUCGCUCCCAACCCAUAGAAAUCCCCACCCUGUUGACUACUUUUAAAUGGUGGAAGCCGUCAAUUGCAAUCUCCAUGCUAAAAGGAGUUAUAUUCAUCUAGAGCCCACUUUCACCUCGUAUGUUGUAAAUUGACUUGGGAAUGCAAAAUAUAAUCUAACGACGCACUUAGCAGUUCUACGAGUGGUUUGAUGCAUUCGUUAGAUUACAAGCGCAACGUUAUUAAUGAUGGUUUUGGGAAACAGAUCGGUUUCUUAGUGGAAAAUGUUAAGGGUAAUAAAUUAUGUCAGAAGAGGCUGAUUUUGAUUAUUUUUGGUGUCCCCUCUGUUUAGAUUCUGAGAAGUCCUCCUCCAGCAGUGAAGAGGACGACCAGGAGAGAGAGGCUGAGGAUGAUGCGGAGGCGCCCAGCUUCGUCAUGGGGAAG